GAGAGAAAACAUGCGAGGCCAUCGUUCAGUGUCACCCGACUCGGUGAGCUGAGUUGUUCACGCACCGGGUGCUAAUCGUCACGAAUGUGCGUGUUGUCAUAAGCGUGCGAUUCGAAGGAGGCGAGGAGCAGAAAAUACGCGGACGCAAGUACGGACCGGAGGAACCCUCGGAUUUCUCAGGUUAUAAAAUCGCAACGGGGAAAUGGACCGAAGCGUUUGAAGACCGAUGGAAAGUGACGUUUGAAAAACAUUCGUUCCGUAGAGUGGAGGUCAAUAACUCGUUGGCCCUUGUUCUCGGUUGAACUUACAUGACUCCAAGAGCAAUAAUUGCACUCGGAUCUCCGGCUGUUUACUUCAGUGCAAAAAUCGUCCAGGAAACGAUCCGCGGAGGGAGAAAACUAUGAGGGGAGAAGAGGGACGCAACUUUUUCAAGAGCUCUCAAUAACCCGGUGAAGCACGAAGAUAUGAAGGUGACGCUCGCUAUGCCACCGUUCUCGAAUUUGAGAUCCACUUGUGACGAGAUAACCCCACGGCAAUUGGUAACCCAAGUUUUAGGCCUCAUUGCGGAGGACAUCUUAUACUGAAUAAACGAACGCGUCCUCAUGCUUGGCAGCGUUUUCAAGCUCAGUUCAUUGGAGCCUCACGGUCAUGGGUGUACGAAGGUCCGGUUCCGGCGGGAGCCGCGGAAAUGCCAGCAUUCUCAAGGAACGAGCGAACAUGUCUUUCAUGCUCGUAGUCAUGUUUUUCGCCGUCUUCGGUCUGAUCGUUUUGACGGAGAUAUUUCUAAUCGACGAGAGGCGCUCGAACGUCGGUGGAACAGGUUCCCUCGGCGGUCACAGAAACGGUCACCGUUUUGUGGCCCCACCGGAUCGUCCCGAUUACGAGGAAAUUGCGGCCGAAGAUUACGCUGGUCUGAAGGGCGGUUUCGACGUGCAAGUUGGAUUGCUAAUUCGAGGUGCCGAUGAAAGUGCCAAGGCCGCUAUCCCGCCGGACCCGAGGGGGUUGCCAAGCCUUCCGCCGAGUCUGGAGGCUCGUUUGCCCCCGCUCGAUCGUAAUCUUAGGGUCACGCAUGCCGAAUGGUUACCAGUUAUGAAUACCAGGUUCAAAUUUUUCGUUUAUUCGGCAUACUACGAUGAUCGAGUGGGCGGCACUGCCGGGGCCGGUAAUCAUGGACUGGUGAGAGUUAUUGGUGCUACGAAGACGCGGGGGCCCGAGCGCGUUUGGUGCAGACUUUGGUAUCGACAAAUAAACUCUGGCAACGUUACUGCUUCGGUUACAGUGGCGGCCAAAGUGAAGGUUAUCAGAGAAAAUUGGAAUCUCAAGUACAGCGCGUGUUUCGUCAUAUGUCCGUUGCCAAAGGACGCUCCAAGUGUCAAUAAAGUACCGGACACGGUUAGCAUAGUGGCCAGGCUCAGAGUGUCGCCGACGAAUCGUAUACUCGUCCAGAAUCGGCCCGAAGACAGACCCAAGGAGAGGAAACCGUUGGCGGUCUGUGUCAAGCCUCUUCACUACGAUUACAACAGGGUGCUUCAAUUGGUGGAAUUUAUCGAGCUACACAGCCUUUUGGGAACGAGUCACAUAACGUUGUACAACGAUACGGUUGGCUCGGAGGCCGGAUGCGCUUUAAGAUAUUAUGAGAAUCGUGGCCUCGUGAGCCUCCUACCGUGGCAUCAUCUCGACAUGAUUUCCCAACGGGAGAUCCGCACGGAGGGCCUCUUCGCUGCGCUCAACGAUUGCCUCUAUCGUUCGAUGUACAAGUACGAGUACGUUGCUCUGCUGGAUCUCGAUGAAUUUGUUAUACCGCGUCACAACGAUACCAUACUCAGUCUCGUAAGAUGGAUGGAGCGUCGGUUGAACACUCGCACGACCGGAGCUUUUUCAUUUCAAAACGCGUUUUUCUAUCUCCAAUGGGCGGACGACGCGCUGAUUCGUAAAAGUAAAACACGCGCCGAAGCCGGCCUGAUAACGUUGAAAAAGACCAGACGAAGGGCGAAGCUGCACCCUCAAAAACAACGCUCCAAAUACAUCUGCAAACCUCGCGACGUUGUCGAAGCGGGCAACCAUUUCGUCUGGGAAUUCAUACCGGGUCACGGUACUUUGAACGUCCCCUCGGAUGCUGCGAUUCUUCACCACUAUCGCGUCUGCGAAUUCGGCGGGGACGAUUGCGUCAAAACGCAAUCGGUCGUCGAUCGUACGGCCUACAAAUAUCGGGACAGACUCGCCGACAUCGUCGACAAGACCUGGGCCGAACUCGGCAAAGAAUGCGCGCUCCCAGAUCUCGAGCCUGUUCCUCUUCCCGCUCCACGAACUUCUGACGUCACGAACGAAGCUUCCGCCAACAAGGUUAACAGGUAGCAAAUACUUUCCACCCAGACGAACUGGGACUUUGAGAAUUUCACUGGAACACCCAAAACGGCCAGAACGUACUUCAACAAUUUCACCGGCCCAUCUUCUUAAGAACAGAGAGAGAAGCAAAGUCAAAGGGAGCGAGAGAGAAGGAAAGACGUCUUGAGAAAUUUCCAAAAAAGUCCGAGAUCUGGCGAGAAAAAGUGCAGCCGUGACUCGUGACGGAUUCUCGAAUUUUAUUUGUUACACAGUUGGUUGCAAUGAACCGUUCAGAGUGAGAAUACUGAUGGAAAUUGUCUGUAGAAAACUCAAUACUGACAACAACAAAAAUAACAAAUCGGGUACAAGAGUCGUGGCGUUAUUUUUUUACUGUGAGAAUAAGCGAGAUGGAUUUGAAAUGCGGGCUUGAUAUUAAUCGACGGUGGCGAUAAAAGCGAAUGCGGAUUCAGCCAAGACUAAUAUCGUGUGUCGAACAAUAGUAAACCAAGGAGAAAAGGUGCUUCUUUCACAAUUUGAUAUAUUAUAUUAUUGUACUUUAUACGCGGUAAUUUGUGUAAUAUCGAAGGAAGGAUGAAAAGCCUAAAUUUCUGAGCGCGCCUAAACUGCGACCGAAUGGUGCCGAGUUACAGCGAAAUGUUUUUCCAAUUUUUUUUCUUCUCUUUUGGAUUCCAGCGUAUUAUUGGAACGGCUGCUCGUGACGAUUUCGCCGAAAUUGGUUUUAUUUGUCGAUCAAGACUUUUUAAGUGAAGGGAGACGUUUCUGGUGCGACGUUUGGAAAGUUCGCAAGUUUUUUUGAGAGGCUACGAAAGAGGCGAGUAGCGAGUCAUUGACGGGAAACGGUAUUGUUCAGUGUUCAAUAUUUUUUCGUUUCUGUUAACACUCGUAAGGAACGCGGUGAUAUUAGAAACUUUAGUAAAAUAAUCUCAUGCCAAUUUUUCUUGUGUCGCAAAGACUAACUUCGUUGCAGCCAACUCUGGAUCUAUUUCCAAUGACCUUUAGUUUCUCGACGCGCAGUCGGAAACACCAAAAGAACCGACACGGAAAAUGCGAAUUUCGUAUUCUUAAAUUAGUCGUUAGAUCUCAAUGAAAAGGAAAGAUAUUUCAAUCAAUCAUUCCAACGAGGAAAUCGUAGAUAUUUGCAAAAGGACUGGUUUUUACUGAAAACUAAAUGUGACAACAUUUUUUGGCCUCUCAAUAUUAUUCCUAGCUUCUAAUAACGAUGAAACUCGAAACGGAUUUCGUUGAAUACAUAAACGUUAUAAGUAUAAUAAAACGGGGCCGAAAUUUUUCAAUCAUACAUGGAGAACAAAAUUCAGUUGAAUUUGCCAAGGCCUUGUAAAAUAUGGAGGAUGAAAUAUUUCGUUUACUCAGAAAAUCGUUCGGUUACACGAAUUAUUAAUUUCUUUACACUAACUGAAAAUACGUACUAAAUUAUUCAAAGAAAUUUUGUCGAAUCGGAGCAAGCUUUGUUGCGUUGAAUGAAAAAAAUAUUAAGUAAAACUGAAUAUUACACUCCGCGUAUUGCACAAAGCCAUUUGGUUCAUUCAACUGUUCUCUUUCCUCAGUGUAUUUUGUAGAAAUGAAAACAAUCGAAACGAACGGGACGAGCGUGCUUAACAAUUUUUUUAAUACGCACUAGUCUUUAGGAACUAUUUAAGUGCGAUCUUCACGCAUUUGUGAAUGGAUCGCUAGUUCUUAACUGGAUAGAAAUACUCUGUGAUGAGAAAACAACAAAGACCGGGCAGCAGAGAAAAGGGGGGAAAUCGCACAUUGAAUCGAUUAUUGGUAAUUCGAUUGAUCCACGGAUUAUGCGAACGACCCGACAAUCGAGGAUCCGUUCAAUUGUUUUAGAGUGUUUGCUUUUUUAUUUCACAUUUAUCGUAUGUGAAUGAAAGAAUGAAGUGACGAAUAGAGACGAACGAUUGGGGAUGAUUUUUCGACGGGAGGAUUUUUCAAUUCGAUGUCGUUUAUUGUAGUUGUCCGAAAUGAUUUAUUGUAGGGGAGCGAUUACUGAAAAAAUGCUUUUUAGAAUUAUCGUUCAUGGUCAUCUUUCGUCGUUUUCAUCACAAAUUGUUUUCAAGCCUGAAAGCAUUGAAAUUGAUUUUUUCUCAGCAGUUUUUAAUUCCUGAAAGAUGAUGGAGGAACCGAUCGACGAUUACUCCACGACGAUAUUCAAUCUCACGAUUUUUCUUUCGAUUCUUUCAAGUGCGAAAGGAAAAUCAAUGCCAUAACGAGCUGCUAUAGCACGAUUAAUAAUUCCAUUUCAAUCAUUAUCACCUCGUCGGCUCACAGUCGUGAAAAAAGUUUGUGUUUCGUUGAGAUAACGUACGGAAUUCAAUGAACAUUUAUACUCGAAGCUGGACUCACGAAUAAUAAGUAAUAAUGAAAAGAACUGUAAACAUACUAUAAUAACGUAGAUCGUAAGAAUGAUAAGCUGCUCAAAGAGGAAAAAAAUCGAAAGAAAGAGAGAAUGUUGCGAAUGGAGGACUUUCAAUUUUUUUGAAUUUUUUCAUGACAAUUUUUUCGAGUGAGCAUGAGCGAAAUGAUAUUUUUCACAUUUUUUUCUCAGCUUGCAACGUCCAGCGCGAUUGAAAAAAAAAAAAAAAACACUAACAUAUCUACUGUUGUAUAUUUGGCAGUCCGGAGUCGAGGAACGAGACUUCGUAUUGGCACUGUAUUUUUACGUUGAAAAAACAACACUUGGUAUAGAUUAAAAACGAAUGAUACUACGAUUCUGCAUGACUACGUAUAUGAACGUAUUAUAAUAAAUAACGCAUGUGUAUAAAAUACGAUAAAAAGAAUGAAGCAAAAAAGCCACAAACGUACUAAUAAAACACGCAGAACUUGAAUCACUGAUGUGCGCGCGAGCACUUUGUAUCAAACGAGCGCUGCUGGCCCGAGUUGCAAUUUCGUACCAAUGUUGAUAGGAUUGAUAAUCUGGUGCUGAAAGGGAAUCAUAACAUGGCGAUGAAACGGCCGUAUCGAAUAACACUGGAAAUAAAUGAAUAUGCGAUACGAAAAUAA